GCCAUUUUGUGAGGGAGAGCGAGGGGCGGUGCGGAGCGGAGCGGAGCGGAGCGGAGGGAGCUGCAGGGUGGGGGUCAGGCAGUGACGGCGGAGCAGCGCGGGGUCGGUUCCUGAAGGGCCGUGUGUGUGUCCGUGCUUGUGGGCGAACGGAGCGGACAGAAGUCGCAGGACUUCUCCCUUGGAGCUUCUGUGCCGAGAAUCCGAUGUUGGGCUCGGCUCCCUGGCUGAAGACAGCAGAUCAGCCCAUGAAAACUUCUAUUCCCAGCCAAAGGAAGGAGUCCAGCACAAGGCAGCACCUGUUCUUUCAGGCUUGGAAGCAGGAAAGAGGGCAAGAGUUGGAGAGUGUGGAAUCGGAGAAGACCACUGAGAGGUGACAUUUAAGUUGAAGAUGGGCGGUGGAGAAAGAUACAACAUUCCCAUUCCCCAGUCCAGAAAUACCACCAAGAACCAUCAACAACUUAAAAACAGGCAGAAGAACAAGGACCAGAAUUCUCAGAUGAAAACCUACGCGAAGAAGGAAAGAGGCCACGGCUGCAGCUCCUCUCCUGGUGCAUGGCAGGCCAUGCAGAAAGGGGGGAAGAACAACGUUCCCUUCCCCAAGAAUCCCAGCUGGAAUCCUGCUCUGUCCAAUCAUAACCUGUUGUUCACCCCUCAGAGCAACCAGAACUAUGCUGGGGCCAAGUUCAGCGAGCCACCCUCCCCAAGUGUUCUGCCUAAGCCACCAAGCCACUGGGUACCUGUUUCUUUUAAACCUUCUGAUAAAGAAAUAAUGACAUUUCAGCUCAAAACCUUACUGAAAGUCCAGGCCUGAGGUGUAACUUGUGUGAUUUUCAGAAGUGAUUUGGACUGGCAGGGUUUAAAAUUUGAGCAUUGCUGUUCCCAGCUGCACAGGCGUGCAGGACCAGGUGUUCUUGCUGCAUGUAGUUAAGUCACUUGGAGAGGAGUGGAAGUUUACAUUCCCCUCAUCUUUUACCUCAAAAGUUCAGUGCUGUGUUCACCUCACUGUGAAAUAGCUGUUUUCUUGAAAACCAAUCAGAUCCUGAGCAGCCACCAUUUAUUGUAUUUAAGAACAAAUGGGGCUGUGUUCCAAAAUUGGAAUUGUGAUUUAUGAAUUGUUAGAAAACCACCUUUUACCUAACUUAAUGCAGCAUGAACUGAAAAAACGCACUGAAAACUUUAGUCAGGUUAUUUGCUGCUUUUCAGACUGGUGUGAGACGUGCUACUAAACACUCUGCAGAGCAGAAAGCUCCACUGGGCACGAGGGGAGGCACAGCUGGGUCUCUUACCUGUCCUUGUGAGCUUUAGUGGCACUCCUGCAGCUGUGGUGAGCAUCUCCAGCCUGUGGCUCCCUUCUGGAAUGUUCUGGAAGGGUGUGGAAGAACUCCUCAGGCAGAUCCAUAAAGCUUCCCAGGAAUCUCAGUGAGUGCCAACUAAAGACCUUGCAUUGCCAGGUGACUGCCAAAAAAACUGUCCCCAAUCCUUCUGUGCCCACAUCACUGAGGAGUUCUAAACCACGUUUUUGGAUCAGUUUUUAUCAAAAAGGUGGAGUAGUUCCUUAGUCUGCUCUUAAAUUUGUUCCCCUCUAACACUUCAUAGUUGGGGGCAGGUGUUAGAUGUUCUCACAGGGAAGACAGAGCCAUGUAAAUACAUGUAAAACAUUGUAGCAUAUGUAAAUUUCUGCUGGGCUUUCCUGCACAGAAGUAUUUUUAGUACAAAACUGCUGAAUGUAAGAUGACCAUGUUGAGUACGUGGCCUGGUUUUAAAAAAUGAUAUUUUGUUUAAAAAAAAAAAAUUAACAAAAAAAAAAGGGACAUUUGUGGCUGUGCCCUUGCACUUCACAUGCAGUGAAUAUGCACAUUGUAUUUGGUUGUAAUUUCAUUUUUUUAAAGUAAAAUCAGUGCAUAAGAGGCUUAUUUAGAUUUUUUUUAAUUAAAAAAAAAAACUUAAAAAAAAAA